AUGGCGGAGGAUCAGGGCUUUACCAGCUCUGGGUAUCCCGUCACGGAGCCGACGAUCAUUAAGAACGCUGCUUCCAAGGGAGCAGUUUGUCUAGAUGGGAGUCCACCGGCUUACCACAUCAGCGAAGGCUUUGGAGCCGGAAAAGACAAGUGGAUGGUUUACCUCCUAGGCGGAGCUUGGUGUCCUACUGUCUCAGAUUGUUAUAGUCAAUUGCGUGGACAUCUUGGGUCUUCCAUAUAUUGGAAUGACACUAAACAAAAACAAAGAUUUGGAGGCAUACUUCACAACAUCUCCAAAUCGAAUCCAGACUUCCACAGCUGGACAAAAGUGAUGGUCAGAUAUUGUGAUGGAUCGUCUUUCACGGGAGAUGUGGAAAAUGUUGAUCCAGCCACUGGCCAACAUUAUAGAGGUAAAAGGGUUUUCGAUGCCAUUGUUGAUGACCUUUUAUCUACCAAAGGAAUGAAGGACGCCAAGGAAGUUUUACUGACUGGUGGUUCUGCAGGAGGAUUGGCAGUUAUAAUCCACUGUGAUCGUUUUGCCAAUCACUUUCCGGGAACCACCAAAGUCAAGUGUCUAUCCGAUGGCGGUUUUUUCCUUCAUUCCAACAAUCCUUUGCAAGCCCGAGGGUUGGAGUCCAUGUUUCGGGGCACAUUUGUUUUACAUAAUUCAACCGGAGCCCUACCUAAGGCAACAUUGAUCGAAUGA